AUGGAGGAGCUCAACCAUGGACAACUAAAUACCACAAGGGUUACAGAAUUUAUUCUUCUUGGCUUUCCUGGCUCACCACAUUUUCAGCUCUCCAUCUUCAUAUUUUUUUUAAAUAUAUACAUUCUGACCAUCUUAGGGAAUCUCUCCAUCAUCCUUCUCAUAAUAACAUAUCAACAACUCCACACUCCCAUGUACAUUUUCCUUUACAAUCUUGCUUUUUUGGAAAUAUGGUUCAUAACAGCCUCUGUCCCUAAGAUCCUUGCCAUCCUUCUGGGGGGAAGCAGAAGUAUCUCUUUCUCUGGCUGCAUUCUGCAGUUAUAUUUCAUGUUUUCUUUUGGAUGCACUGAACAUUUUUUGAUAGCUACAAUGGCUUAUGACAGAUAUUUGGCCAUAUGUUAUCCUUUGCAUUACAGCACCAUCAUGACUAUCAACCUAUCUUUUAAGGUAGCUCUUGGAUGUUGGCUGGGGAGCUUCCUUCUUAUUUGCAUACCUGUAUACAUGGUUACAACAUUGUCCUUCUGCGGGCCCAAUGUGAUCAAUAAUUUCUAUUGUAACCUUGAUUCUUGUAUCAUACUCUCAUGUACAAAUACACGUUUCAUUGAGAUAACAUUUUUUUUCAUGGCUAUUAUUGUCAUUGUAGGCUCCUGUAUGAUGACCCUUCUUUCCUAUAUGUACAUUAUUUCCACAAUCCUACGCAUUCCUUCCACCAAAGGUCGACAAAAAGCUUUUUCCACAUGUUCUUCACACCUUGCUGUUGUGAUCAUUUGGUAUGGCUCCACCAUAUUCCUCUUUGUAAAGCCUUCUAAAGAGAUUUCUUUACAAAAAAACAAGUUAGUAAGUGUCUUCAGUGUAAUUUUGGUCCCACUUCUGAACCCUUUUAUUUAUACAUUAAGAAACAAGGACAUCAGGGAUAUUUUGAAGAAUGUAUUUUGCAGGUGA